AGACCGAAAGCUGAACGGAAUCUUCAUCGGUGGAAGGACGCCCCCGGUGUGGUGGUUGGCAACCCGCAGACUCGGACACCAAAGACGUUAAACUUGACCUGGGAGGUGCAAUAGUAGCGCUUGUGAGUCUAAAGCCGAAGUGAUGGACCGUGGCCCUUUCUACCAACCCAACUGGUCCUGGCUUCCUGGGAUAAAAUAGUUCUUAUGAAGGAAGGAAGUGAAGAUACAAAGAUCAACGCUGCAUCCUUGACCAGAGACCUUGAACUAGAGCUUCAGAAAACAGCCCAGAAUCAACAACAGAGCAGAUAUUAGACUUUCUGACGGUGUCUAAGGGCCCCAGAAAAUGUCCAAGUCCCCAGGCUUACUGUCAUUCAAGGAUGUGGCUGUGGUUUUUACAUGGGAGGAGUGGCAGCUACUGGACCCCAUUCAGAAGCACCUGUAUCAAGAUGUGAUGUUGGAAAAUUAUAGCAACCUGGUAUCAGUGGGGUGUCAAGUUACCAAAGCAGAUGCAUUCUACCAGUUGGAACAAGGACCACCAUGGAUAACAGAGGAAGAAAUCCAGAGUCAGAUUCAUCCAGAUGACACCUGGCAAGUGGAUAGUCAUACAGACUGGCACCAAGAAAACCAAGGCAACCUUGAAACUAUGGAGAGUCACCACAUAAAUAACCCAUUUAGAAAAAUAUUGUCUCUAAGCUUAAAUUCUGAUGUCCCUUUAGCACAAAGAUCCCAUACAUUUGAUGUACUUGGGAAACACUUGAAGCCUAACGUAGAGCACAUUAUUCAGAAUAAAAGCUAUGCAAGAAACGAAGUGGAAUUUAAUGGGUACGACAAAGUAGUUCUUUAUACCCAGCAUGGGAAAAUUCAUAAUGGAGAAAAAUAUAAUGAAUUUAAUGAACAUUUGAGGGCUUUCGGCCAUAAGUCACAGCUUAUUGAACAUUGGAAGACUCGAGCAGGAGAGAAACAGUUUAACUGCAGUGAGUGUGGGAAAGUCUUUUCCCAGAAGGCAGACCUCCUUAAGCAUCAGAGAACCCACACAGGAGAGAAACCCUAUGGUUGCAGUAGAUGUGAGAAAGCUUUUACUGAUAAGUCAUGCCUUAACAAACACCAGAGAACUCACACAGGAGAGAAACGGUUUGAGUGUCGCAUAUGUCAGAAAAGCUUCGGCGGUAAGUCACAACUCGCCUCACAUCAAAGAACGCAUACGGGACAGAAGCCCUACAGGUGUGGUGAGUGCGAGAAGAGCUUCAGCAACAAGUCACAGCUCAUUAUUCAUCAGAGAUCUCACACGGGAGAGAAACCUUACGGUUGCGACAAAUGUGGGAAAAAUUUCCCCCUUAAGUUUAGCCUCAUUUUACAUCAAAAAACUCAUACAGGGGAAAAACCUUACGGAUGCGGUGACUGUGGAAAAGCCUUCAUCCAGAGAUCUGAGCUCAUUAGACAUCAGAGAACUCACACAGGAGAGAAACCUUAUCAUUGCAGUGAAUGUGGGAAAGGCUUCAGUGUAAAGUCACUCCUCAAUACUCACUGGAGAACUCAUACGGGAGAGAAACCCUAUGGGUGCAGUGAAUGUGGAAAGACGUUCUCCAUCAAGUUUAGUCUCAUCCUACACCAAAGAACACAUACGGGUGAGAAACCUUAUGAAUGCAGUCAGUGUCAGAAAGCUUUCACCCAAAAGUCACACCUCACUAUUCAUCAGCGGUCUCACACCGGAGAGAAACCUUACGAGUGUAGCGAAUGCCACAGAGCCUUCAGCCGGAAGUCCUAUCUCCUCAUUCACCAGAGAAUUCACUCAGGAGAGAAACCGUAUGAAUGCAUCCAGUGUGGGAAGACUUUCUCUCACAAGUUUAGCCUUAUUAUUCAUCAGAGAAUCCAUACAGGAGAGAAACCCUAUGGAUGCAGUGAAUGUGGGAAAACUUUUCCUAUUAAGUUCAGCCUUGUUUUGCAUCAGAAAACGCACACGGGAGAGAAACCCCACGAAUGCAGCGAAUGUCAGAAAUCUUUUGCCCAGAAGUCACAUCUUAUUAUCCAUCAAAGAACUCACACAGGGGAGAAGCCUUAUGGAUGCAGUGAGUGUUGGAAAACUUUCUCCCACAAAUUCAGCCUCAUGUUACAUCAGAAAACUCAUAGGGGAGAGAAAUCAUGAAAUAUCCAAAACUUGUCUUUGAGAGUGAAUGGCUCAUAACACCAGAGCUUACAUAGGAGCAAAACAAAGGCUACCGAUGUGGACACACUUUUUUUUUUUUUCCCCAAGCUCACACGUCAUCGCUUAUAAGAGGAUGGUACUGGGUAGAAUGCCAGACAGCAGGAAAUCCCUUCCCCAGUACAUUUUAGGUGAAUGUAGCCCAGAGGGAACAAAUAGGAGGGAAGAUCUGUGUGUGUGUGUGUGUGUGUGUGUGUGUGUAUAGAUUGUGAAGAUGUUGUUGGCAUGAAAUCCUGCUACGCUGAUAAUCAGAGAACUGACACUGAGGAAAAAAAAUCUAUAAUGAAUCUGAGGAAUCAUCUUUCAUGGGUGUUGUUUUAUGAGGGAUGUUAUAUUCUGUAAUUGUGACACAAUAGACAAUUAUGGGAAAUAUUAAGUAUGUAAAUAUACCUGUCAGAAAAUAAAGCAAAAAUUAUAUAACUA